UUGUCCAUUGUUUCUAAAGGUGCUGGCUAUUCGAAAAAUCAAGCCGUUAUACAAAGCGAUGGUGCAUUUUUGUGUUUUUGUGAUGCCGACGAUGUAUCAAAUAAAGAGCGUUUAUUCCAUUCAUAUGCAGCCAUUCUUGAAGUGAAAGAUCCUGAAAUGACUCUUUUUGGUACAAACUUUUUUCGUGAUCCAGCGAAAUCCACUUUUCGAUAUGCAGAUUGGGCGAACAGCAUCACAGGAAAUCGAUUAUAUCACCAGAUUUUCACCUCUCAUGGACCCACACUUGUUGCACCAACUUGGUUUUUUUCCAGAAAGCUGUAUGAUUUGGUUGGUGGUUUUUGCGAGAGAUAUGGAAGCGGUUUCCCUGAGGAUUUGGAAUUUUUUUAUAACGCAUUGAGAAUUGGUUGCAAACUACAUAAAGUUGAAAAAACAUUAGUACUUUAUCGCUAUCAUCCUGCAUGUGCUUCUUUAAAUGUCUCUAAAGAAAUGAUUUGGAAAAUGCGAUUGUCCCAAUUCCAAGAACUUGUUUUAUCAAAUUGGAAAUCUUUCACAAUUUGGAAUGCCGGUAAACAAGGAAAACAUUUUUUCAAUAGUUUAACGAAAGAAAAUCAGAAAAAGGUGGUUGCUUUUUGUGAUGUUGAUGCAAAAAAGAUAUAUCGUGGAUGCUAUGAACAUUUCGAUGCUGAAUUACGAUCAGUAACCGCAGUUAUACCAAUUAUACCAAUUUGGUAUAUAAUUUUCUUUUUUUCACUAGAUUUACACCGAGACGUGGUUGUGCUGACCAGAUAUUUAUGCUAA